UCUCUCUUAAUGUUCAACGACUCUCUCUCUAGAAGUCGAACAUUGAACUCCACUUCUGCUGUCCACUCUCUUUCUCUCUCUAGAAAGCCAAAAUCGAACGCCACUGCGGCUUUCCACUCUCUCUCUCUCUCUAUAUUGAACGCCAUUUCUGGUUUCCUCUGUGAAUUAGAGAAGAUGAUCAUUGAAAGGACCAUAACCAUCCAUUACUUGGACCAGGCGACCUCCAUGAAACUCCUCUCCAAAUUUCCGGACGCCUCUGCUUACGAUUUCGAUUACCAGCAGAGUGGCAUUUGGUCUCCCCUCCCUCCUCAUCCUUUCAGCGGAGGCCCUUUUUCUGAGAAUCCUCUGCUUCCACCUGAUAUUUCUCUGCUCUUGUCCGAAAAACCUAAUCUCGGUAAAACCAAAAGGCUUUUGGCCCCAGAAGGAUCUGCUCAGAAUCUUAUGGAAAAGUUUAGGAAAGUGAAGAAAGAGAAGAGGAAGAAGAAGGCAAGUCUGAGCUCUCCAGCUCCUGUUAAUCGAGUCACAAAGGGGUGGUCUAGGGCUUUGAGGGCUGCUUCCAAGUGUUUCAAGAAACAGUAUGGAUCUUCUCUGCGUCUGCACUUGCCAAAUAACUCUGGUUCUUGAUAGAUUCCCAUUUUUAGCGUUUUUUUUUUUUUGGCCUUCUGAUUUUUAGUUCGUUUAUGUAUUUUUCCUCUAUGAACGAGGUUUUUGGUUUAGAGUUUUUAGGGUUUAUAGGUGUUUAUUUAAAUUGGGGUUUUAUUCUAUGAAUUGUUUUGAAUUUCGUUCAGGCCAAUGAAAUUUCAGGUUGAUUUGGUCCAUCAAAAAAAUACAUUUGAUUUCCGCCUGA